AUGCCAAAUAAACAAGGUACUUGUAAAGCACAUGGAGAACCACCAGGAACAGAAUUAGAAUUAAUGAAAAAAGCAUAUAGAGUUACAGAAGAAUUUCAUAUUGAAGAAGAUAUUUAUUCAGUUUAUCAUGCAGCAUCAGAAAGAGGAAAUUUAAAACAUAAAGAAUGGAAAAAAAUGUAUGAAGAAUAUAAAAAAGAAGAACCAGAACUUUCAAAAGAAUUUGAACGAAGACUUAAAAGAGAUAUUUCAAGUAUUUCAGAAUUAUUUAAAGAAGAAAUUAAAGAAGAUGAAAAAGGUGAAGCUACAAGAAUUAGUUCAGGAAAAGCAUUUAAUGAAAUUGCUAAAAAAUUACCAGAAAUAAUUGGAGGAACUGCUGAUGUUGGAGGAAGUGUUAAAGUUGUACUUCCAGGAGUACCAUUCCAUGAAGAUCCUAAAGGAAGAAAUAUUCAUUAUGGAAUUAGAGAACAUGCUAUGGGAAAUAUUGUUAAUGGAAUGAAUAUAUAUGGAGGAUUAAUUGCAUAUGGAUCUACAUUCUUUGUAUUUAGUGAUUAUUGUAGACCAACUAUUAGAUUAGCAGCACUUUCACAUUAUCCAUCAAUAUUUGUUUUUACUCAUGAUUCUAUUGGAGUAGGAGAAGAUGGACCAACACAUCAACCAAUUGAACAUCUUCUAUCAUAUAGAUCAAUGCCUAAUUGUGUUGUUAUUCGACCAUCAGAUGCAAAUGAAACACGUGUAGCAUGGAAAAUAGCUAUUGAAAGAAAUAAUGGACCUACUCUUUUGAUUUUGGCAAGACAAAAUAGUAAAAUUAUUGAUAGAACAAUUUUUGCAUCAUCAGAAAAUUUAAGAAAAGGAGGUUAUGUUUUGAGAGAUUAUGGAACACCACAAGUAAUUCUUAUGGCUUCAGGAACUGAAGUAGAUAUUGCUAUUACUGCAGCAGAGAAACUUCAUAAAGAAGGACUUGGUGUUAGAGUUGUUUCCCUUCCAUCAUGGGAAUUAUUUAAUCAACAACCUGUUGAAUAUAGAGAAUCAGUUCUUCCAAGAAAGAUUCAUGCUAGAGUAUCAGUUGAAGCUUCAUCAACUAUGGGUUGGGAGAAAUUUAUUGGAGAUUGUGGUGUUGCUGUUGGAAUGCAUUCAUUUGGAGCAUCAGCUCCAAUCAACAAAUUAUAUGAGAAAUUUGGUAUUACUUCAGACAACGUUGUUGAAGCUGCACACAAAUCAAUCGAAAAUGUUAAGAAUUGGUAA